GGGGCUGUGUACCCCAUCAGGGAUGUAGUAAGGCAGCAGUAGAGCCCAAAAGCGACAGGAAACCAUCAAGGGACUGACUGUCUUGGGGAACCAAGAGAAUCUACGGUUUAUUGGGUCUGCAAGGAACACACAGUGGAAUUCAUUUCCAAAUUUCCUCAAGCCUCUAAGCUGGAAUUUAGGGAGCUUAAAACAAGAAAAAAUAGGGGAAGCACGGAGAAACUUCUUAUUUGCCUGGGUGACAGUUCCCCCAUAGAAUUUCCUCCUCUCCGCCCAUUUUGGUUAGCGACUUCCUUUGGCGGAGAGUGAUCUGGCCACUUUAACACUGGUUGACAGCGGCCGCAAGACAGAUCGUGGGCUAAAUGUGCUGUGGCCACACGGAGCCCCGAGUGCCCCUACCCGAUCUGGCGAGCAGCAGAGACCUCAAAAGGUUACUUAAUCAGUGCUUCUCCAAGAGCCUGGGGACUCUGCAGUCCCAGACUUCCAUGCGACCGCCUUGGGCGCGGUAGAUAACAGGUGGCAGUGACUUUUUGAGACCAGAUUUGCGACCCUCGUGACCUGGACAACCCCUCUCUCAGGACCCUUAGGGCAAGUCGCACAACUGCUGGAUUCACAGAUUGCAAAGAAAUGCUGAGAAAUAAAUAAAACUUUCCUCUUCUAUCUUGGACAUUUAUCAUGGGUAUCGGGAAGUCUAAAGUAGGGAUCUGCCCUUUUUCUCUCUCUUGGGGUAAAAGCCACAGUGUGGAUACAAGUCAAGAUCAUCGUGAGUCAGAGCCCAAGAAAUUGGAAGAUAUCUCCUUGGGUGAUGUUGUGGAGCAGAACAAUACCACAGAGGAGCAAAUAGAUGGGCAGGAAGGAGCUGAGGCAAGGGAAGAAAUUCCUGAAGAAGAAGCAGAAGAAGAGGUGUUCCUUAAAUUUGUGAUACUGCAUGCAGAAGAUGACACAGAUGAAGCCCUCCGGGUCCAGAAUCUGCUACAAAAUGACUUUGGUAUCAAGCCUGGAAUCAUCUUUGCUGAGAUGCCAUGUGGCCGACCGCAUUUACAGAAUUUAGAUGAUGCUGUCAAUGGGUCUGCGUGGACAAUUCUAUUAUUGACUGAGAACUUUUUAAGAGAUACCUGGUGUAAUUUUCAGUUCUAUACAUCCCUAAUGAAUUCGGUGAACAGGCAGCACAAAUACAACUCUGUCAUACCUAUGCGGCCCCUGAACAGUCCCCUUCCCAGGGAAAGGACUCCCUUUGCUCUGCAAACCAUCAACGCUUUAGAGGAAGAAAGUCGUGGCUUUUCUACACAAGUAGAAAGAAUUUUUCAGGAGUCUGUAUAUAAGACACAACAAACUAUAUGGAGAGAGACAAGGAAUUUGGCACAAAGACAAUUUAUUGCCUGAGAUGAAACACAGAACACAUGGCGGGCUCCUGUUUUGUUGUAAGCCAAAUGAUUAAUCUUCUCUUGAGAAAGCAAUUUCUGAGAAAUGUUUUAAUAAAAGAGCCUGCUCUUACAGAAACCUGUGGAGCACAAGAAACCUACAUUUCUGCUGGAUAAUCUGUAGAAUUGUGGUACUCUUUGAUGUUUCAGUGAACUCAAGAACCUUCCUCUCAUGGUUUUCCUUGUUCACAGAUAUGACAAAAGAUAUUCUCAUUUCAUAUUCCUUGAAUCGAGCCUUGAACAAAAGCACAUAUGACAGAUAUUUUCAAAAUGUGACACCACUUCAGUCUCUGAAUUUUGUUCUCAAAAGACACAUAAAAGAAAAUGACCCCAAGAAGUCUGACCACCCUCCUUUUGAGGCACUUGUGAAUGUUUCAAGAAAGCAUUCCAGGAACAGAGACCCAGAAAUACGGGUUGCCAGAAUAGAACAUUUAGAAUGUUGAGUGCUGAUGAAUGUGAAAUCAGAAAUAGAUGUGAGAAUGGGAGGGUUUUUGAAAAGAAUACAGUCAAAUGUGUUUUCCUUUCUGCUGGAAUUUGCAUAUUUGGAGGCAAUUCCCACCACUGAUUAACAGUCCUUUUGACAGUGUGGUCUUUAGAGACUCCAUGGAAUGGUGGUAGGACUCCAUAGUGUGGCAGUUAGGGACUCUGUGGAGAUGUGCCUGCCCCAGACUCUCCAUGUUAGUCACCAUCUGUAACCAGGGUUUUAUUUUCAGAGCUUCUGAAAAGCAUAUGAUUGUGUGUGAUUAGCGAGAUAUUCUCAUUUAAAAUCAAUAACCGCUCUUAUAAUAGUCUUUUAGAAGUUUUCUUCACCUACAGUGUUCUACUCUGUGACCUGACUCUGUGUGUGUGUGUGUGUGUGUGUGUGUGUGUGUUGCUGAUUAUUUUUAAAGGCUUGAGGGAGAAGUAGAAAUGUGUUUUGUCACUUCUGCUUGUAGUGCCUCAUGCUCAUACAAGCCAAAGAGACCCCAGACAGACCUAUCCCUUUCCCUCACAGCCCUUCUGCCCAUCUGAGAUUGUGGGAGUGCCACCAAGUACAGAUGGGGGAUGAAAUGAGAAAAGCAUUCAUGGUGGGCAGGAGACAUGAUUCUGGCCCAAUCUCUGCCACUAAGGAUGGAUGUGACAGGGAACAAGUUACUUACUCUCCUUUAGCCGUGAAAUCAAAGUUGGAUUGAUGGCCUCUAAAGGCUUUUAUCCCCUCCUCAGUUGUGAAAAACUAGGCCACAAAAAAAGGGAAUAAGCAGAGCUUUUGUUGUAGCUCAGUAGUUGAGUGCUUGCCUCACAUGUGUGAAGCACUGGGUUCGAUCCUCAGCACCACAUACAUACAUACAUACAUACAUACAUAAAGCAAAGAUAUUUAAAAGGAAAAAAAAGGAAAAAAAACACAGAGAAUUUCACAAGGUAUUAUAUCAUAGUUGCAGAAGGCUUUGUAUAUGCCUACAAUAAAGGGUCUGUUUAUAUUUUUAGCAUUUUAAUGCUGUCCAUUAAACUUUCAUAGUCACAUAUUUCUCAAGUGUUUUUUUAAAUACUUCUUUUAGAAUAUUUAUUUUUUAGUUAGAAGUGGAUACAAUAUCUUUUAUUUUUGUGUGGUGCUGAGGAUUGAACCCAGUGCCUUAUGCAUGCUGGGCGAGCACUCUAUCUCUGAUACACAACCCUAGCCCUGGAAAUACAUUUUUAUAGGGCCCCUUGAGCAAAGGCAUCCUUUGUCUAAUUUUUCUUUCACCUUAUUCCCAGUUUUCUGUAUCCCCUGCUAGUACUGGGCUUACUCACAUCUUCUUGCAGUUCACCUCUUCCCAGCCACAGUCCAAAUGUGAGUAAAUCAGACCUCCUGUUCUAUUAGUGCAUAUUAAAGGACGAGAUUAUUUUCAUUGUGUGGUGACAUGUUCUCAGCCUUAAUGUCUCUUUUUGUUACAGUAGCUUACUACUCACUUUUCUUUUUCAGUUUUUUAAUAAGUAUUAACUUUUUUCUUGCAAUAAUGCUUCCUGUAUCUCAAAUUUCAUAUCAUAAUAAAACAUUAACCACCCAUCCUUUAUGCCUGCUGAACUGGAAUUGAUUCUGGAUAGUAUUUUUUAAAUAAAUGUUUUUAUCCUUUA